UGGUGCACCUGACUUGUGACACAAUGCUUUGCUUCCGAUUCCGGAAGACUAUGAGAAAAUAAGGAAUUACACACGUGGGCUUACACUUUAAACUUAAUGAGAAAAAUCUCAUAGCUGACAUGAGUGAGGUAUUUACACCAUUGGACUGCUUACUGCCUAAAGGCACCCAAAGAAUAUGCUUGGUAAUGCUGAAUCAGCCAUUGGAAGAAGACUAUUUUUACAAACUCUGGAACAAAGCUGUUUUGAAGGCAGUUGUUGAUGGAGGUGCAAACCAUCUUUAUGACCUAACAGAUGGAAACCAAGAAAAUUUUCUUCCUGACUUCAUUAGUGGAGAUUUUGACUCAAUCAAACCAGAGAUCAAAGAAUAUUACAAGAAUAAGAAGUGCCAGAUAAUAAAGACAGAAGAUCAAGAUCUGACAGACUUUACAAAAUCCAUUACUAUCCUUUUGCAAAAAAUAAAGCAAGAAAAUAUCAAGGUGGAUACUAUAGUGACCCUUGGAGGGCUUGGUGAGCGUUUUGACCAAAUCAUGGCUACAGUGGAGACUCUUCAUCAUGCCAGCUCUAUGACUGAGCUACCAGUGGUUGUUAUAGAUGGAUUUUCCUUAGUUUACCUACUAAAACCAUGGAAAAAUCACAAACUUAAUGUUAACACUGGACUGGAGGGAGACUGGUGCGGCUUGAUCCCAGUGGGUGCCCCCUGUGUUACGACUACCACUGGCCUUAAGUGGAAUAUUGAAAAGCAAGAGCUAAAAUUUGGAAAGCUGGUCAGCACUUCUAACACAUAUGAAGAAGUCCCUGCAGAAGAAGAGAGGAAACCUGUGACAAUUGAAACUGACCAGCCCUUAGUGUGGACCAUGGGAAUACGAAGAAAGUAAACUGCAUUGUAUUUUGAUUUGAAUGUUACUGCUUUUACUAUCCUGCAAGCAUACAGAACUUAGGCUUAACACUUUAUAAGCCUUUAAUAUUUACAUACAUUUAAUAAGCAUUUGAUAUUAAGCACAUUUCCUAACCUCCUCAAUAUUUUAUCAAUGAGUUUUGAAUGAAAAAGCAGGAUUUAGAACCUUUAUCAGUAAAAAGGCACUGUUGGCAUCACUUAGAUGCACAGAACUUCAAAGUGCACCACCCAAGUGCCUGUUUUUAUCCAUCAGCCACCAACACCCAGUGAACUCCUUGCACUGCAGUUACAUAUGAAUCAAUGCUGUAAUUUACUUUAAAAGCAA